AUGGAUAAAUUUAAUGACUGUAAAAAUUCUGUUAUGAAUCCUUUAUUUGAUAAUGAACAAGUAGAUUUUAAAGAAUAUGGAAAAAUUUCUCGUCAAGCUUUGUUUUCUAUUUUUCUUGAUUUUAUUCAAAAACAAACAAAUUGUGAAAUUGCUUUUAUUUCUAUGAAUGAUUAUCAUGGAGAUAAAUUUAAAACUGACUUAAUUCAUGCUGCUAAAAAACUUGGUAUUAUUUGUUAUUUAAUCCCUUGUUAUGCUGGUUCUAUUGUUAGUUAUAUUAGUAGUCAUUAUGAUAAUUCAGUAUGUACACGUGCAAUUCUAGACGUAGGAUAUUAUCAUACAAGUAUUGUUAUCUUUAAUUCUUAUUUAAAUACAGCAGAAGUUCUUUUAAAACGAUGUACAAAUAUUGGUGGUUAUCAUUUUACUCAAAAAGUAAGAGAAUAUAUUAUCUUUAAAGCAAAUGAACAAGGAGUUUCUGAAAAUCAAAUUUCUUCUUCUUGUUUAAAAGAAAAGGUUUCAAGUUUACGAUCUUCUUUCUCUGAAAGAAAACUAGCUUCAAUGGAUAUUAUUCUUGACUGUAAAGGUAAUGAUGAUAUUAGAAUUACUGCUAUAAAAGAUGAAUUUGCUACAUUCACUCAAAAAGAAUGUGAAGAGUUAUCUCAAUUCAUUAAAGACUCUAUUUCUCGUUUGCAAAACCAUCCUCAAAGUCAGUACUUUAAUCCUUCUCAAAUAAAAGAUUGUUCUUUAUCAUCUAUUGAGGUUGUAGGAAAAGGAUGGUUAUUAUGUUGUGUUAAAGAUGCAAUUUCUAGUAUUAGUAAUAUAUCAACAUCUCUUGACCCUUCUUUUUCUUCAGCAUAUGGUGCUGGUGUAUUAGCAAAUCAACUUAUUGAACCUUCAAGGAGAAUUCAAUUAAUUGAUAACUCUUCAAAUACAACUAUUGGUGGUAAUCAUUUAUCAAAAUCAGAUAACGAAUUUGUAUUGAGAAUGGACACAGGGGAUACAGCUAUAUCAUCAUCCUACUAUAAUCCAAAUGGUUCAGUUGAACAACGAUAUAUUAUUAAAUCUGAAGAAAACAAAAGUUUUACUCCUCAGAAAUGUCAAAAUGAAAAGUUAAAUCACGUUCUUCAACAAUAUGAUGUGACUAAUGAUAGAAAUAAACUUCAUCAUCUCAAAAGAUUAGAAGUUGAGAGAGAAGACACUAUAAAACCUGAUAAAGAAAAAGGACUUUCAUUUAAAAGCUUUAAAGAGUAUUAUGAAAAAAAUAGUGAUUUAGUUUAUGACUUAUGCAAAAGAAAAACUAAAUUAUUAAUAGCUCUUGCAAAAAAGAAAAAAAGUAUGGAACUAUCAAGAAUAAAAGAAAUCCAAUCAAAUAUUUUAUCCAUUAGAUUAGAAGACCAAGAUAAGUUAAACGAAAUUGAAAAUGAAUUAAAAUAA